UCUUUUAAACAUAAUGAAAAAAAACAAGUUCACUCGCAUUAUCGGCCAAAGUGUUAUUUUAAUUCCUUAUAAGGAAAAACACGUUAUGAGAUAUCACGAAUGGAUGAAAUCACCAGAAUUGCAAUAUCUCACUGCAUCGGAACCAUUAACUUUGGCGGAAGAAUUUGAAAUGCAAAAAGAUUGGCUAUUGGAUGAGAAAAAAUGUACCUUCAUCAUUUUAGACAAAUCGAUUUUCCAUUCGACAGGGGAUGAAAUCGCUGCUAUGAUCGGUGAUACUAAUUUAUUUUUUAAUGACAUGGAAUGUAAAUAUACGGCGGAAGCUGAAAUCAUGAUAGCAGAAAAAGAAAGCAGAAAUAAAGGGAGAGGGUGGGAAGCCAUAUUACUUAUGCUCCGUUAUGGUAUUGAUAAAUUAAAUGUACAAAAAUAUCGAGUGAAAAUAAUGGUUGAUAAUGAAAAGAGUAUAAAUAUGUUCCGAAAGUUAAAUUUUCACGAGGUCGGAAGAAGUGAAAUAUUUCAAGAAAUUACUAUGGAAAAUAAUAUUAAUGAUGAAUGGAAAAAUUGGUUGUAUUCAGAAACAAUAAAUUCUAUCACGGACGAAUGUUAUAAUACAGAACUUAAAAUAUUAAUAUGUAUAAAGCGUCCAGAGAAAAAAAAAUCAUAUAAGAAUUAUAAUUGUAAAUAUUUCUUGAGAAUAACAGUAAAGCCGAUAUUCAUUAUGUUAUUAAAAUUAAGUAACUUUGCACGAAGGAGACCAUUGCUCUUGAAUUCUAUGACUUAUGGAUUUUUUUAUACAUGUGCUGAAUUUGCGCAACAAAGUUAUAACAAAAAAUUUAAGAUUAUUCAACCAGUGUCUACAUAUGAAGUAGAAACACAGAAUAAUAUUGAUAAACCAAUAUUUGUAUGGUUAAAAAAGUUUAAUAAUUUUUUAGGUUUAUUAGAUAACGAAUCUUCAAUUACAACGGAAGAAUAUAAUUGGCCGCGUCUUAAAAGAUUCGCUAUUUAUGGUUUUUUUUUAGCAGGACCAUUGUUACAUGGAUGGUACAAAUGGUUGGAUACAGUUUACAAAGGCAAAUCUAUGAAUGUGGUUUUAACUAAAUUAUUUGUUGAUCAAUUUGUAUUAACACCACCACUGAUCUGUUUAUUCUUUAUCAGUAUGAGUUUAAUGGAAAGCAAAUCUGAUAUUUUAGAAGAAGUUAAAACAAAGUUUGUUAAAACUUUUCAGACGUCAUGCCUAUUUUGGUUACCUGUACAAUUUUUUAAUUUUGUAUUAAUUCCCCCUAGUCUACGUAUCACAUAUGUUAGUAUUGCAGCAUUAUGUUGGGUGAAUAUUCUUUGCUAUAUAAAAAAUGUGCCUUUAGUUAAAUUUAAUGAUAAAUAUUAAAUUAAAAUUAUAUAACUUUCACUCUC